UGCAGCGGGUUAUAAAAGCCUAGUGCGCACCCUGCCAAGGCUCUGCUAACUCCUGAGCCCAGAAGGACCAAGACCGAGAAGCUGCGGGUGACAGUAGAGGCUUCAAGCGAAGCAAAGAAAAAGGGAGCUCACCAGCUGGAUGCGGACCUCAGAACCCGGCCAGAGGACCAGAACUUUUGCAAGCAGCACUGCACUGCGAGCAGCCCUUCUUAUCCCUCGAGCACCCACCCAGCACCCAGCUUUGCCUUUCCCGCCGCACGUAUGUUAGUGGGAGUUGCUAGCAGCAGCAGGUGCAGAAAGGCGGGUUCUCUUGCCUUCUGGAACUGUGUGGCGUGCAGCUGCUUUAACGCAAACAAGAGCCUAGCUUGAAAGUGGAGGAAUUUAGAGCGACCAGGCAAAGAGCCUACACAGGAGAAGCAUUGCUCUUGUGAGCAAGUCUCCUGCUAACCAGGACUGAGUUCUGCCCAGGAAACUUCCCACUUCCUGUGUGACAGAACCUCAGGCCUCAGCCAUCUGCAACAGGGUCCUGCAGCAAGGAGGUGUGUGUGUGUGUGUGUGUGUGUGUGUGUGUGUGUGUGUGUGUGUGUGUGUGUGUACCUUUGUGUGUGUUGGUGAUUGCCCCAAAAUGGAUAACGUCCUUCCUAUGGACUCUGAUCUCUUCCCCAACAUCUCCACCAACACCUCUGAGUCUAACCAGUUCGUGCAGCCUACCUGGCAAAUCGUCCUUUGGGCGGCUGCCUACACGGUCAUCGUGGUGACUUCCGUGGUGGGCAACGUAGUGGUGAUAUGGAUCAUUUUGGCCCACAAGAGAAUGAGGACAGUGACCAAUUAUUUCCUGGUGAACCUGGCCUUCGCUGAGGCCUGCAUGGCUGCAUUCAAUACGGUGGUGAACUUCACCUACGCAGUCCACAAUGUGUGGUACUACGGCCUCUUCUACUGCAAGUUUCACAACUUCUUCCCCAUUGCUGCUCUCUUCGCCAGUAUCUACUCCAUGACAGCCGUGGCCUUCGACAGAUACAUGGCCAUCAUCCACCCUCUCCAGCCCCGGCUCUCAGCCACGGCUACCAAAGUGGUCAUCUUUGUCAUCUGGGUCCUGGCUCUCCUGCUGGCCUUUCCACAAGGCUACUACUCCACCACAGAGACCAUGCCCAGCAGAGUCGUGUGCAUGAUCGAGUGGCCAGAGCAUCCCAACAGGACUUAUGAGAAAGCGUACCACAUCUGCGUGACUGUACUGAUCUACUUCCUGCCUCUACUGGUGAUCGGCUACGCGUACACUGUGGUGGGGAUUACACUGUGGGCCAGUGAGAUCCCUGGUGACUCCUCUGACCGCUACCAUGAGCAAGUCUCUGCCAAGCGCAAGGUGGUCAAAAUGAUGAUCGUGGUUGUGUGUACCUUCGCCAUCUGCUGGCUGCCCUUCCACGUCUUCUUCCUCCUGCCCUACAUCAACCCAGAUCUCUACCUGAAGAAGUUCAUCCAGCAGGUCUACCUGGCCAGCAUGUGGCUGGCCAUGAGUUCUACCAUGUACAACCCCAUCAUCUACUGUUGCCUCAACGACAGGUUCCGUCUGGGCUUCAAGCACGCCUUUCGCUGCUGCCCCUUCAUCAGUGCUGGUGAUUAUGAGGGGCUGGAAAUGAAAUCCACCCGAUACCUCCAGACGCAGAGCAGCGUGUACAAGGUCAGCCGCCUGGAGACCACCGUCUCCACUGUGGUGGGAGCCCAUGAAGAGGAGCCCGAGGAAGGCCCCAAGGCCACACCCUCAUCCUUGGAUCUCACCUCCAACGGCUCCUCUCGCAGCAACUCCAAGACCAUGACAGAAAGCUCCAGCUUCUACUCUAACAUGCUGGCCUAGGCAUAUUUCCAAGGCAUGGCCUCUAACCCAUCUUGUGUUGUUUAUUCAUGGAAGCCUUUGAUUUGGACUUUGUUGGAAAUACCCUAGCACUGGGGCCUUUGGGGAAGGGUCACAAUGGUUUAAGGAAAAUGUUCCAUGCUGUAUGCAAUCUGGAUUCCUUCCUGUCUUUGUCAACCAUCCUCCAUGCUGGUGACCCAAGGCAGACUAGUAAACUUCUAUAAAGUGAGAAGGCCAUCCUUGCUUUCCCCUGCAGCCAUCCCAUGAUUCCUGAAAUGACUUCAUCUGCAUGCAAGGUGCUUAUCUGGGGAGGAAUUCUGCAAGGCACCUGACCUAUUUGUCUGGAGCGUCUGUCUUUCUUCAGCGAAGUCAGUCUCAGCCAUUCGUGGACUAGCUCACACCACUCCAGCCUUCCACAGGACAGUGUGAGCAAAAGAAGGUGCCACCUAAACUGCAAUGAAAGCUCUACCCCCACCUAAGCACACGUGAAGAGAGGACACCAGCCAUUGUGACACGCCGAUGUUUCAGUCCAUUCAAACAUCACGGGCUUGACAAUACUGGAUUCUUCUGCAUUGUGUCCCCAGUGCAACCAACACGGACUGAAUACAUCUACACAGGCCAGCUGAUGUUCUAACCAAGAGUCAGGAGAUCCCUGCCAGGCUAUCUGAGCUUCUUUUCCUUCUUUGCAAAGCAUCAGAACUGAACCAAAUACUCUUAAGUGUUCCUUUGAAUCUCAGUGUUCCCUGGUUUAAUGGUGUAUAUAGUUCAUUUUACCUCUCCCUCUCCCUCUCCCUCUCCCUCUCCCUCCCCCCCUAUCUCUCCCCCCUCUCUCCCUCUCUCUCCCCCCUCCCUCCCUCUCUCUCUCUCUCUCUCUCUCUCUCUCUCUCUCUCUCUCUCUCUCUCUCUCUCUCUCUCUCACACACACACACAAACACACACUUUUAAAAAAAGCAAUGGCAGCCUCAAAAAUACCAGGGGUGUCAAUACUUAGAGAUGGGUGUGUAUAAAUAUCCCCCCAUUGAUCCAAAAGGCCUGCUUCAAAAUUUCCUUCUCCAGGAAGUUUCUCCUCUUUGACAGAGCAGAGAACUUCACAGGAAAACUUGAUGUCUCCAGCAGGCUGCAUCCCAGCGCUGAGAGCAGCACUGAGGAGGACAAGUGUGUGGACUUCCUGCUCUGGCUGUUUGCGUCUUUGUGCAUGUUCUUCACUUUUUGCUGCACACAGUGGAGAGUAGGGAGGCUGUCCUCCAGAGCUACACUCCUGGAAAGAGGAGCCUUGCGUCUUCUCUUCAGACUCUGAACCUUGCCCUCCUGCUCCGCUUUGCCGAUCUCUGUCUAUAAGAAGUUAAAGGAUCCACCAAUCCGAAAGGACACUUAGUCUGCCAAGAGCCAAGAACUGAAACUUCUCAUUCUGAUACAGCUUCAGGGUCCCCGCAGGUGAGCAUGCUGUUCCUUUCUGUCUCAGAUGUGACUGGAAGUGAAAGCUUCAUGUGACAUCCGUGAGCAUCCUCAUGGUUCAGGUAAUUGGAUGCACAAAAGCUCUGUCCAUCGUGUCAGAAAAAACAAGGCCACCACCACCAGGAUUUAUAAAUUCUGCCAGCCUUGUUGAAUCAAACCUUUUGAGGACAUCAGCAUACCUGGAGAAGGCAAGGUUUAUACAGAAGUAAUAUAAACCAGAAAAAAAGAAAAGGAAAAGAAACAAGAACCAUAUUCUGCAGAGGAUUAUGGAAAAGUUUAAUAAACUAAGUAAGGGCUGCUGAAUGAGAACCUAUCAGUUGAAAAUAAAGUGUAGGAACAACAAAAGCCAAUGCCCAGAUUUUAUAUUAUACUUCCAAUAAGAAUCUUGCUAUGUGCAGAUGUAAAGAAAUGUGGCUAUGAAAAGUAGCCAAGAAGAAGACACACAGCAUCUUAUCUACAGAAGAGAAGGUUAGGGUAAAGUUCGCAAGGAUGUAUGGAGUGUCUGCUCUGGACUUUGCCUAAACUGAGGACACACAGCUCCUUCCACCCUGAGGAGAUUCCUAUGCCUGACGUUCCUGAGGCACCAGUCCUGGUGAAGCCAGCCUGCUCACCAGGCAUGGAGGCAUUGAGAAGCAGAUUCUUCCUAGGAUUUUAAAAGCUGACUUUCAACUUGGGGACUCAAGCCAAGGGGUGGGGCUUUCAGAGAACCUUUGCAAUGGCAGUUCUCUGAGGUAACUCUGAAGGGAGACGCCAGUCAGCCCAGGGUCCCUAAAGGACUGAGAUGAGAAAUUCUGUUCCAUGUGUAGUGUGAGGGAAGACAAGGUGGCCCGGGCUUCAUGGAUAUGCUGAAGCAUCCCUCAGAGAGGACCAGAAAGCUCCCCACCACCCCUGCCCCAAAGACCAUUUAACUUGUAGUGAUGUUGUCAAUUCCAAUUUGUGAGAACACUGUGAUUUGUGCUCUGUGCUUGGGUCUCUUAUUGAAAUGUGUUCGUGUUUAUCUCCUGAGUUUUCUUGAUGGACCCUCCACUAUCUAUAGGCUGGGAGAUACCAUGGGGCCAUCCUUCCUGCAUCACCUCCAACCUGUGGGAUCCCAGUGCCAUGGUUCCUGUUAGGCACGUCCUUCUCCUGCCACUGCUCUUGCCUGGAGAGGAGCUCUGAGGUCUGCCCCACACUCAAUGAAACUGAAGGCUGUGGGAGGACCUUUAUAGAAGGAACACCCUUAGCCCUUCAGCAGAAUGCUGAGACAUGGGGCUGAGUGGAGUUCUGGGAAAGGAGAGGGCACGGGAGAAAAGAGUGUCUGUAGAAAGGAGUCAUUCCUGGGGCAUCUGUGUUUGAGGCCUGGGAUCCUGGAAAGAAAAUCUCAUGCAAAUAAAGUAUGCUUUGGCUAUCUCA